UGGCCAAAGCGGCGGAGAACUCGGAAAAUCUCUUGUAUUCCCAGAAAACAAAACACAUCACCACCUUUACCAGAUGAAUCUUUGAGGAAUCUCCGAGAGACCAAUUAACCAUGUCAGACCUCCGCCAAAGGCAAGUCGCAUCGUCCGCGCCAAAAGAAAUUGACGGUCAACCCGCAAUCGACAACAAGCCGAAAAAGCAGAAGCACAAUGGCAAUAAGCGCACCGGCAUCAGUCUGUUGGAUAUCGUCCGCGUGCUGGUCACGCUGGUGGUAGCGUCCUGCGGAUUAUCAUAUUACAUGACCUCGUCCGAGUCUGUUCUCUGGGGGUAUCGUCCCUGGUUUACGAGGUGGCCGGUGUUGGUCCGAUACAUUAAAGGACCUCUCCAACUAACCCCCUCCGACCUGGCUCUCUACAACGGCUCCGACCCCUCCCUCCCCGUCUACCUUGCUGUUAACAGCACCAUCUUCGACGUCUCCGCAAACCGCAUGAUGUACGGCCCCGGCGGGCACUACAACUUCUUCACUGGCCGCGACGCGACGCGCGCCUUCGUGACGGGCUGUUUCCAAGAGGACCUAACGCACGAUCUCUCCGGUGUAGAGGAGAUGUUUAUCCCGAUCGAUAGCGAGGAGGAGAUUGGGAGGCUGAGCAGUGGGGAGCGGAAGAUCCGGCGCGAGCAGGAUGUAAGGAUGGCGAGGGCGAGUGUUAGGAAGCAGGUGGCGCAUUGGGAAGGGUUUUUUGGGAAUCAUAAGAAGUAUUUUGAGGUUGGUAGGAUUGUUGGAUUGGAUGAGGUGCCGAAGGUUGAAAGGGAGCUUUGUCAGGCUGCGCAGCAGCAGAGACCGGAGAGGAAGGUGGACUAGUAAAAUAUUGCCUAGGGAGUUGGCGUUGAAUGUAUAUUGCAUGUUUAAAAUUUGCGAAUAAUAUUCACGAUGUGAUUCUAGAACGAUGUAGAGGGCUUCCGUUUGAUACUUCACGCACAGAAUGCGAAUAAUCCAUCCCCAGCCCAGCUCCAUAUAAAAUCAAUCGUCUUAUUACGGAAAGAACAAUGAAUUGAAGGGAUGAAUUGCGUUUAGUCCGUUACUUGACACGGCCAAUAGCGCGACUAUUCGUUCACUCCGAAAAUCAUCGAACCACUAUACAUCAUUCGCCCAGCCAGAAUUCCCGAACUUUUCAUGGAGAUAUCAUUCGUAAAGGAAAACAAGAAACCGCGAGAAAAUUAUCGGAAGGAAAACGUUUACUCG